AAAACUCAAAUAAUAUAUAUAAUUAAACAUCAUCAACUAAUUCUCUGGUUUUGUGAUAAUAUGGAAAAGAAUUUUCAUCUAAUGCUUUUUUUACAAGCAAUAAUCAGUAGUCUAAUAAUUUGUUUCGUCGGAUUUCAGAUUUCUAUAGCAUUAACAGAACAAUCUAAAUUUCUUGAAUCUUUUUCUCAUUUAAUUGUAUCGCUUUUUCAACUAUUACUUUUCUGUUUUCCCGGAGAUAUUUUAAUGCGACAGAGUUUCAAUAUAAGCAUAGCUGCAUAUUCUAUACAAUGGUAUCAAUUGCCAAUUUUUAUUAAAGAUGAAAUAUAUAUGAUUAUAUUACGUUCUCAAAAACCUAGUUUUAUUACUGCAGGAAAAUUAUAUAUAAUGCAUUUAGAAAAUUUUACCGCGAUACUUAGUACUGCAUUUUCAUAUUUUAUGAUGCUUCAAAGCUUCAAUACAGAAGCUUAGAAAUUAAAAUUGCUUACUAGAGGAUCAUACACGAAUGGCGUCAAUACACUUAAUAAUGUACUACUUUGUUGUCGAAGAACCCUCAUAGUUAUUUCACAAGCACGCCUAAAUGGUCCUUCAAUUUUUAAUGGUCCCAUAGC